AUGGUUCGAUAUUUUCAAGUAGUCUUCUUAACUGCUAAAAUUGGUAUGAGGGAUGAUAGAACAUAUUUAAAGGAUGACAAACUCUUCUAUAGUUUACUUUCUUUAAAAUUCACCAUAAACACUAUUCCUAACUGCGUCUUUGACUGCAAUAGACAUCUUUCUUGUAUCAUAGAAGUUAGUAAAUGCAAAGAUGAAGUGGAAAUUGAAGAAAAACAGAGAUAUGAGGCUGACUUGGCAAUAAUCUGGAAGAAAAAACAAAGUGAUAUUGAAAAGAAAUUGAUGACUGAAAGGGGAGAUUAUGGAGAUAUAUUGUUAGUUAAUACCAUAGAUAUUUAUAGACAUUUACCACUAAAACUUCUACAAUGUCACCAAUGGUAA